CUGUCGUGCGGCUUCAUUCAUAAGGUUUGGGCCCGCGAAGAAAGAAAGACUGCGAAGCGGGCGGCGGAGCACGAGCGAGCCGGGCACCGAGCGCAGGAGGAGGGCGCGCUACUUCUUCACCCGCGGCGGCGGCGGCGGCAGCGGUUCUGCUCGGGGCGAGACGCGGAUUGCUGGAUUUGGGACUCUUGGACGCCGGCGGCGCAUUUGCAGGGGCUUCGGGCUUGCAUCACCGGGGGAACUUCUGCCUGCCGCUUUCUCGCCACUGCAACAUGAGCCUUUGAAAGGGCCCCUCCAGGAGAGCGCGAGCCGCUCGGCCGCCGUCUCCCCCCAGGCACCGGCAGCCGGCGGGGGAGGAAGAGAGGGACGCGCGGCGCCCGGAGGCGGCUUGCUUGCUUCGGAGCCGACAGGCGCGCUCGGGCGGCGGGGACAUCUCGGCCGGCGCGCUCCGCCUGCCCCUCACCUUGGCUUCCAGGCGCCCCCCGCGCGGCCGCGGCCUUCCCCCUGCGCCCCCGAGGGAGAUGUAUCAGGGCUUCCCCGGAGACUUCGACUCCACCUCCCGGUGCAGCUCGUCCCCUUCGGCCGAGUCCCAGUACCUCUCCUCGGUGGAUUCUUUCGGGAGCCCCACGGCCGCCGCUGCCGCCUCCUCACAGGAGUGCAGUGGCCUCGGGGAGAUGCCCGGAUCCUUCGUGCCAACAGUGACUGCAAUAUCAACUAGCCAAGACCUCCAGUGGCUGGUGCAGCCGACCCUCAUCUCGUCCAUGGCUCAGUCACAGCCGCCAUCGGGCCAGCAAAUGCCGCCGCAGCCGCCGCAGCCGCCACAGCCGCAGCCACAGCCGCAGCCACAGCCGCAGCCUCCCCCCACCAUGGACCCCUACGACUUGCCCGGCACCAGCUACUCCACCCCGGGGCUGGGUGCCUACGCCGCCGGGCCCUCGGCUGCCCCCGUGGCUGCCCCCCCGCCACACUCCGCAAGAGCCCGGCCCCGACGGACGCGGGAGGAAACGGUGAGCGGGGAGGACUCUGGGGCCUUGCUUCUGCUGUGGAACGUCCUCUGGGGCUCCAGCAACGAGCUGACACCCGAGGAAGAGGAGAAGCGCCGGGUGCGCAGGGAGAGGAACAAGCUAGCGGCAGCCAAAUGCCGGAACCGCCGCCGGGAGCUGACGGACCGACUCCAGGCCGAGACAGACCAGCUGGAGGAAGAGAAAGCCGAGCUGGAGUCGGAGAUAGCGGAACUGCGGAAGGAACGCGAGCGCCUGGAGUUCGUCCUCGUGGCUCACAAGCCCAGCUGCAAGAUCCCUUUUGAGGACGUGCCAGAGCUGAGCGGGCAGCCCGGCCCCUCGGCCGAGGUGGGCGCUCUGGCCAUGCCCAUGAAAGAGGACCCCUUUGGGCCGGCGGCCUACGCAGCGGUGCCCCUGCCCUACCAGCAGGGCCUCGGCGGCGUCCAAGGGGCGGGCCCAGCGGAGGUAGCGUUUUCUAGUCCUUUCUUUACGCGUGGUGAGCAGCUCAGCCAGCCGCACCUGCUUAACCCUUCCUAUACGUCUUCGUUUGUGUUCACCUACCCAGAGGGAGCCACCUGCGGAGCCACACACCAGCGGAACAGCAGCAGCGACCACUCCUCGGACUCCCUGAACUCCCCCUCGCUCCUUGCUUUGUGACACUCAAACCCCUAACUCAGAUUUUGUGUCUAACCGACAAACCCACCCACGUGCGCCAAACCUCCGUGGGGGGCGAGAGACGGAGAUGCGCACGCUUCCGCCCAGCCGUCUGGGAGCAUCUGCCUAUAGCCUGCCAAAAGUCCCCCCCAAACGCUGCCGUGCUCGCCUUGCCGCCGCCGCAUCUCUAGCCAUGCAACGUGGUGUUGCUGUUGUUGUUGUUGCCGUCAGACUUUCGGGGCGCGGCCCCGGGUGGAGAGCCCUUGCCGAGGGCCGACCGCGUUAACGCUUCCACAUUUUGGGCUUUGCCAUUUUCAAAUCGGGAGGAACCAGGACGCUUCUGGGGUGCAAGCCAGACCCGCCACCUUGCUUUCUCGAAACGGGAUCCUCGCGUGAACGGAAACCCGGGUUGAGAGGGCCCGUAAUGUUUCCUUACUUCCUGCCAGCAUUGUUGUAAGAAGCCGAGCAAAGGGGUGGACCAGCCCGCAGGGGAGGAGGAGGAGAGGGUCCCGCCUGUGUCCCCCGCAGAGCCAUGCCCAGCUUCCUCUGCUUUGACUUGACCUGCGAAUGCUGUGCCCGUUGCGUGCUCCAAGGAGGCGCUUCGGUGCUUCUCCGGUUCUCCGUUGGUCAACUUGGCAUAAACUGAAUGUAGUCGCUGCGCCUGCAACUGGCCAGUUGUCUCUGUUACGGAGUGUGGAAAGUGCCACCAGGCCCCAGAAAUGAGCAGCUCGAUCGUCUUGGUCUCGGCCACAGCUCGUCUAGCCUACUUUGGCCAAUGCCCGAGCAAAGCUCGUGGCGCCCGGAAGCAAAUUUAGAAUCCUGUGCACAAGCUGCUUAACCUGCUGUGUUCUGUGGGAAGCCUGCAGUGUGUGUGUUUACUCGGAAGUACCACUGGGUGCACGGGGGUUUGAUUGGCACUAAAGAGAGGGAAAAUCCGGGUUCACUGUCCUGCUAAGAGAAUCCCCCAGUAGGUCACUGGAUUCCAGAGUCACAUUUUUAGGGCCUGCUCUGGGCUGUGACUGAAGGGCUGACCUGCUCCCGGCUGCCCUGCCCUCUCCCUCAGCUGGCCAGCCAGUCAGUUCCUGCUGGUCCAGCAGCCACCUUCUCAGCUCUGCAGGUCCCCCUGAAUGAACCCUCCCCCCCAGCUCGCCCCCCCUUGCUCGGCUUCACCUGUGGGUGAGGAGGCAGCUUUGCAAUGCUCGCCUGGCCGCAUGCGGGUGGGGCUUGGUGACAAUACUGUGAAUGGACCUCUUUCCUCCGCAGAUGCUUUUUUGGAUAUCGUGAGACUGUUUCUUUCAGCCCUUUGCCAGUCCGAACUUAGAUGGAGUCCGCCUCCCCUCUCUCCCUCCUGGCUGAUGUGAUUUGAGGCCGCUUCCUGUCCUCCCUUUCUUCCUUGGCCUUGAACCAUCCUUUGUGGUCGUCUGGCUAAUAUAGCCGUCUGGGAGCUUCUCAAACUUGGCAGGGUUUUCCCACUGCUCUCGCGGGCUGGCGACUAGCGGGGCGACCGCCCUGCGCCCCCACCCAGCCCGACUCAGCCGCACUCUUCUCUUCACCAUGCCACUUCCAUCCCCGAAGCUUUUGGCUCGUUCUUGCUUCUCUCCUUUAGCCCUUUGCUUUCCAGCCACACCUUGGGGCCCCCUCCCCACAAUCCCCACACGCUAAGUAUUUGCUCUUUGAGAAGUGUUGAGGGCUGACACCGCCCCACCUGGGGGGCCGGCGUGGCUCAGCGUACAGCUCCUUCCCUGUCCGUUCCGCAGACCCACCGUCGCGCCCGGAGGGCCCCGCUGCCCCGUGCUGGGGUUCCCAGCUGCAGCUGCCGUGUGCCUCGUGUGCGUGGUUGUGCAAAGUGCCGCUCGCUUCCAACACACCCUGCCUCUUACUGGCCCAGCCGCCCAAGUGUGUUUAUGGAUGGGGAAGCUGCCCAUGUUGCUUACUUGGCUCUCGGAAGCACGCCAUGAUGCUAUACGGAAUGUUUCCAGAAAUGUUAUCUUGACCAAGCUUUUGAUGUUGUUUUUUUAAUAUUAUUUUUAAUCGAUGGAUUUUACUUUAACCAGCUUUUUUUUUAAAAGAACCAACCAAAUGUUUAUUAUGCAGUUGCUGGGGAUGGGGGAAUAUUUUUAUUUUUUUAAUUAUUAUUAUUAAUUUACCCCUUUGUGCUGUAAUAUUUUUUGUGAUGUGUUUUGUUAAGCAAUGGGGGGGGCCAGCCAAGGGAGGGGAUGCUGAGACUUUUGACCCUGCCAGGCCCUCCCUGUUCUGCACUUAACUGGUUAGCGAAAUAGCAAAUAAAGUCAGCUUUGAAAAAUGCACUUUUUUAUGAUGAAUAUAAGAUCUAUUUUUUCAAACUCAUGUAAAAAAACUAUUAAGGUGCAAUAAAAGAUCUCGAGCCGUG